AUGGGUCAAGACGACGAGGACGAUGCGCAAAUGCUGCAAGCGAAGCAGCAGAUCACGUUCAAUGUUGUUAAUAAGAGAAAAGAUCAACUUCGUCGUUGGCAGAGCAGCGAGAUGAACGCGGAGCCGGCUCGCCGCAUGAAGCGGCCGAAAGUACAAUUCCAGGAUAGCGACAUAUUCCUGUCGGCGUGUAUGUCUGGCGACGAGGAGGAGGUUGAGGAGUUGUUGCUCAAAGGAGCCGACAUCAAUACGUGUACAGUAGACGGGCUCACAGCACUUCAUCAGUCCGUGAUCGAUUCCAAACCGGAAAUGGUCCGAUUCCUGUGCGAGAAGGGAGCCGACGUGAACGCUCAGGACAACGAAGGAUGGACGCCCCUCCACGCGGCCGCCUGCUGUGGAAACGUCUCCAUCGUUCGAUAUCUGUGUCAGCAUGGCGCCGACUUAUCAGUGGUUAACAGUGAUAAGGAGCUAGCGCUGGAUUUGGCAGUGGAUGAGCAAUGUCGAGAGUACCUGGAAGACGACUACAAACGACAAAUGAUCGAUUUGGAGGCGUGUCGAGAGCAGGAGCUGGCGACGAUGUUGAAGGAUGUGAAGAUGUGGAUUAGUCAGGGGGAAUACAGAGAUGUGCCACAUCACAGAACAGGCGGAACCGCAAUGCACGUCGCCGCCGGUCGUGGCUACACCCAACUACUCGAAUUGCUCAUCAAAGCCGGUGGAAACGUUCGAGCCCAGGACAAAGAGGGAUGGACCCCACUGCAUGCAGCGUCACAUUGGGCCGAACGAGACGCUUGUAAAAUAUUGCUGGAAAAUGGGGCCGAGCUGUCGGAUCUCACGUUUACGGGUAUCGACGUACUGGGCGUAGCUGAUAAGGAAUGCAUUGAUUAUCUCGUCGAGCUGGCGGAUACUGUAAAAUCACAAGCCAAACGGAAAUCGCCGGGUGGCGGCAGCGGAUCAAUGGUACCACCGGCGUCUGUGCUACAGGAGAAAAAUCAGAGAAUAUCGCACGAAGAACAUGUACUAUCAACGGAGAGGAAGAGGGAUUUGCAACACAAGGAUCAGUAUAGUGAAAACGAAUAUCUCCAUCACUCAUCGAUCGGUUCGACGGCGUCGUCGUCCUCCACGACGACGUCUUCUCAAAAUCUGACGAAUUCCACGUCAUCUGCCACCACCAUCAGAAUCGGUGACAACGACAGAGAAUCCAGAGAGUCGACGGCGAAUUCAGAAGGCGUGGAAGUGGAAGAAGAGGAGGAAGAUGAGGAGGUUGAAGACGUCGAGGCAGAAGAUGAGAUGGAAGCUGAUGAGGAGGAGGCAGCGGAAGAUGAGCAAUCAGAAGACGUCAAGAAGAUAGAGACGUCGCCGGUGAGGUCGGAGACAGGAAGCAGAAGUUUAUCGAUGACGAGAAGCCUCGACGGCUACACGGAUCGCUCCAGCUCGGCGCGAGAAUCAUCAGUGGAGACGGCGUCAGAAGCGGCGACGUCAUCUGGAUCUGGAACGACGGCUUCAUCGAGAUUCACACCGUCAUCGACGCCAUCGUCGCAGAGAAGCGCGUCGGUGCACUCACAGGAGACGCCACGAUCGUCUUUGGUAGGUUUUUCGAUGGUGGAGGCCACCUCGUCAAUCGGAUCGGGAGAUCAAACCGUCAGCGCCACCGUACCAAUUGCUCCGCUCAGUGCUCCGCCGAAAGCAGUUCAUCAGAGUCCGAGCUCAUGGAUCAACAGAGGGGUGCCAUUGUCGUCAAGAUCCUCGACCUCAUCCGUCUCUCGCGCCAGCUCGACGCCCGUCUCCGAUAUCAUCUCCCCACCUGCGUCUCUCCAUUCUCCACACUCACUCCUCCACCAAAAUCCCUCAUCGUCCGCCAGCACUACAGUAACCCCAACACCAUCUACCGUACCAUCAACACCAACCAACUCGAAUGUGAUGGCGGCGACGAUCUCCUCAUCGGCCAAGAACACCCCGUCACCGGCUGGAAGUGUCACAAUUACAGCCACUUUCACAAAACCAAGCUCCUCUCGAAAUCCAUCGGAAGAGCUCUACCGUAGUCCCUCCCAGCCGACGAACGUGCCAUGGGCAUCGCUAUGGCACAACGUCAACAACGCCUCCACCGGACAGAUUCGCACCCACAUUGAACAGCUUCGGAACGCGUCGUCGUCGUCGCUCUCCAGCUACUAUCCACGUGUCAGCGCGUUUCGACCGAUCGCUAGCUCGCGGACGCCGUCGCAGAGCUCGGUUGGAGCCAGUAGUCCGGCGACGAUAGCCGAGUAUCCACGUGGAUUCGUGCCGCAACAAAUCAAUCCGAACAAGAUGAGCCGCUGGCAAUCGAAAACGGUGACUGAAAGUGAGGCGGAGCGUCGAAACAACUCUCGCAUGCAACGACAACACCGUCGUUCGACACAGGGCGUCACCAAGGAACAAUUGGAAGAGGCCAGUCGGUUUGCGACAGACGAAGUGGCACGACGGAACUCACAAGUGCUGUCGAGCCAGCCAACGACGCCGACUAGUGGUGGCGCUUCUUACUCGAAUACGCUGCUCCAGCCACCAUCAGCUCGGCUGGCAUCCGAAGAGAAGGACUUGUCAUCGUAUUCUGAUGACCAACACGCCGGCGACGUCACCACGUCGGCUACAGUAUCCCUGAUGAAUACUAAUUCGCCGUCGUCGAAUAACAAUAAUUCGCUGACGAAUUCGGCGAACGUGAGGAGAAAGAGUCAGGGUCUCUCGAUAUCUCGUUCGAAUCGCCGCGCGACAGGACCAGUCAACGCUGAGGACUUGGCACCGACGAUGGGACUUCGACUGGCGACCGCCCAGGUACCGUACUCGGCUCGAUCCACGGCUGCUGGCACGCUGCCAACUAUGUCGACGACGUCACGACUGUCGACGUCGUCGUCGGAGAAGGCGUCGAGUCUGCCGCCAGGAGGAGGAGGACAGACCAAUGGGAUUACGCAAAGUACGACUCAAUCGCUCUCCUCUCGAAGCGCCGUCGUCGCUGGGCUCUCACCGGCUCCAUCGAUGCGAACACCGAUUGGUCCGCUAUCGAACACCACUGCCACGUCGACAUCGUCACGAUACAUGCCAUCGUCGUCGCUCUCAUCGAAUGGAUCGUCGGCGAAUAAUCAGCCGAUUUAUGGAUUGCAGUCGCGCCCAACGGAAACGAAUCUCAACUACAAGGCGCUGUUCGAGAAGGAGCGCACUGAGUGCGAGCGUCUCCGGCGAGAGAUGGACGAUAUGCGGAGGUCGCAGACGAUUGAGCCAUGGCGCGGAUCAUCGUCUACACAGUCACCGGCGUGGCGUACGCGCGGCGCGUCUCCAUCGGCCACCACGAUUCAGAAUUUGUCCGUCGCCAAAUCGACAUCACUCGCUUCUUUCGACGAGAACGAACGCAGGAGUAUGGAACGGAAAAUUGCGGAUCUGGAGUUGCAGUUGAAGACCACACAAAAUCUUCGAAUGGAAAAUCAACGGUUGAAGGAGGAGAACGGAGCGCUGGUCAGGGUCAUUUCGAAGAUGACCAUCUAG